CGUGUUUGUCCUGGAGGGAAAGGAUUGCACAACGAUUUCCCGGGCACGAUGGCAGAAAAGCAAACAGGACUCUUGGGUUUAGUCGCGGGCGCAGCGGCCGGUAGCGUCGAGUCCUUUGUGACCUAUCCCACAGAAUACGUUAAGACACGGGCGCAACUGGCCAAGAAGCAGGCUGGUAACAAAAUCGAUCCGAAAGCCUCGCGUUUGACGGAGAUCAUCAAGCAAACCUACGGGACGAACGGAGUCCCCGGAUUCUAUCGAGGAGCGGUUCCGGUCGUCUUUGGCAACGCUUUGAAGGCGGGGACCAGGUUCUUUACCUUUGAGGCGAUCAGGGAUCUGCUCAAAGACAGGGAGACGGGCAAAUUGACACCGGCGAAGAACAUGCUUGGCAAGCGGGUCUUCCUCGAACGCAACUACACUUCAGUGACUGAUGCCUCCAUCGUCAACAGCUGGUAUUGGAGCUGGUUGCAUAGAGUCUAUCGUUGCGGUCACUCCCUCCGAAAGUAUCAACAUAAUGCUAGCAGCGUCGUAGGCAUUGGCAAGACUAGCAAUGUCGAAUUCGUUUCUCAGAUCAUGAUGAAACAGAGUGCCAAUUCGGCUACCCGAUUCACCCCGUACGAGUUCAUGAAGGACUUUCUGAAGGCAAGAUCUUCUACAGGCCAGGUAACCAAUACGCAGACGGUUAUGAUCGGCAGCGCUGCGGGAGUGAUCACAGUUUAUGCCACCAUGCCGUUCGACGUUGUCAAAACACGGAUGCAACAAGGAGGCGACCUGUACCGUAACACAUUGGAUUGCCUGAUCAGCACCAUACGGAACGAGGGCGUCUUGGCGUUCUGGAAAGGAUCUUCGCCCCGAGUGGCUCGUCUGACCAUUUCGGGAAGCGUGACAUUCAUCGUCUAUGAGAAUGUCUUGAAAUGGCUGAAGGCUGUGACUCCGUGAGGCAAGGCUUGGUUUGUUUAUGGUCUAUCAAUUGUAGACUGGAAGGAAACGAGUGAUUUGGG